AGCGCUCUCACGUGCGCGCGUAUCAGUUUUAUUUUAAUCUCUUUCGCGCUCUUUAAUGCCGAACGGCUCGUCAUCUCAUGGGGAAGUUAAUCGUUACUUUAUAUUUAGCCGGAUUUAACUACAUAGUUUUAUUGUGAUGCGCGCACGAGAGUACGCUUUUAAUAUAGAUUAGAUGUUUAUAUAUACAUAUACGCGGCAGAAGAAUGAGUCAGGCAGCACACAUUGCAUAAGAUGUCGCGACGCUGGAUGGGCCUAUGCCCAGACUUAGCCGUAGAUUACUUGUAUCAAUAAAUGCAGCAUUGGACAGAUAUUUGUUCAACAAGUAGCGUAAUUUUAUUCGUUCACUGACUCGCUCGCUCGUUAUCUGACGAUUUCGAAGAAACAAUAAUAUUAAAAAAAAUUUUUUCAAGUGUUUCUACACGCUUUUUUUGUAUAUAUUUCUGGAGUUUUUCUUUUUCACCGGCCUCGUAAUAAUUUACUUCUAUCGCACAAAUUAUUGGUGGGAAUUACCCAAACGUAACGAAAGCGAAGGUUGAACAAUUUUUUAAAUAAUUUGUUAAGCGUUAAACCUUAUAAAGAAACAUUUUGUUACAUUUGUAAGUCAGACGUUUGCGAAACGCUGUCGCAAGCACUUCUAAUAAACUUCGCAAUGAAGUUAUCGUGGUUUUUAAGUAGGAUUGUCAUGAGGCUCAUCAUGUCACAUCAUAUCGUUACCGUAUGCGUGGUGUGUGUACUGUGCGCCGCACAUGUACCCUGUUCGGCGCAUACGAAUUUAUCGGUGAUGGCAUCGAAUAAUUCAACAAAUACCAAAAAUCAUUCGGAUCCACAAGGACAACCGUAUAUAUACUUGAAGAAUCAACAGAGAUACGAUCCAAGUAACUUCAUUAGCAAUAAACAUGACGCUGUAAGAUCUCAUCCUAUUCAACACAUUGACAGUAAUAGCAAUAAUAAUAUUUCGGUAACCACUGAGGCGAUAUCGACUACAUCAUAUGAUACUCAUCUUAAGAAACAGAUGACGGAAAGCUUCAAAGGCGGCGGCAGUCUGGAAGAUACACGAUCAUCAAUUAACAACGCAAGUGUGUCUGUAAAUUCGAGAGAUGCGGAACUUUUGGAGCGUCUUGCUCAAACAGAGUUGGUGGCAAGUGUCAAACAAAUGUCUGCACGGUCUAGCGAAGCAUUACGUAUCGUUAAUAAAUCUAGAUUAAAAAGAGAUGUGAAUGAGAGGUACUUCAUGCAGAAGAUUUUUGAGGCCUACGGAGAUGGAACGAGUAUAACUAUGGAAGGUUUUGAAAAACUUGUCCGGAAAUUGGGUCUACUAAGAUUAUUUGAUACGUUAGAGGUGGAUAGUGAUAUUGAUAGAAGUAUGUAUAAAAUUUGUAAUAAACACAUGUCGAUAUACACAUACAAAAGAUUAUAUUCACAUCUAUUUCAGUGCUUAAAUACUCAAGAGUUGCUAAGUACUAUUGCCCAAGAUACACACUACGUUUCCAGUAACGCGACGACAUUGCCUAACUGGCUUUUCGAACGCGUGUGUCCGGUUCUUGUGUAUCAAUUAGCGGCCGAAUCCAGUUCGGAGAGAAACGGCUGUAUACGAGUACCCGAGAACUUCAAGCCUGUCAUGCCAAUCGAUAAAUUUUAUACAGCGGAGGAUUUGGCGCGUAAUACUGUAAAAGUCUGGGUGUAUUCAACAAUUAGUAUUUUCGUAAUUAGUCUUAGCGGACUGCUCGGUGUAGCAGUAAUUCCGAUCAUGGGAAAGAAUUAUUACCAUCACGUGCUACAAUUUCUAGUUGCCCUGGCCGUAGGUACUUUAACCGGUGAUGCCUUUAUCCAUCUAUUACCACAUGCGAUGAUGCCACUUCAUCACCAUGAAAACGAUAAACAUCACGAACACGAACAUCACCACGACGAGAGUAGCGCAUUAUUAAUCGAUCAUGUGAAUCUACAUAGUAUGAAUAUGUGGAAAGGAUUAGUCGCUAUGAUGGGUUUCGUGACAUUCUUUUUCACUGAGAAGGCGUUAAAUAUGAUAUCUGAAUGGCGAAAGCAUUGGCAGCAUAAGAAAAAGUUACCUACGCGCGUGAGAGUAAUGAGGGAGAGCGAUGGGCCAAACAGCAAUGUUGUCGGUGAAAAGCUAUGUAAACACAAAUACUCUUCAUACCCGUAUUGUUACGGCGAGAUUGCUAGUGAAACUCAAGAUAAUCAUCACAAUCGUCGAGGGAAUCAUCAUGAGAGACCACCUAUCAUCGAGGAGGAGAAACCAUUGACAUCCAAUUGUAAUUCUGUCACGAAAAUCGUGACCGAUGACAUAGAGAAAAAACCAAAGGAUGAUUGGAGAAUGGACGAUCCGAUUGUAAAUGCUAAGAAAAAUGCCGAUGGUGCUGAUGUAUUAAAUGAAUCGGAGAGCUAUACCGUCAUUCUACGUGAACACGAGACCAAACAUCACGGCCAUAGUCAUUCUCAUGGUCACGUACACUCGGCUCCCGAAUCAAUGUCCAAUGUGGCUUGGAUGGUUGUAAUGGGGGAUGGUCUGCACAAUUUUACGGAUGGCAUGGCUAUCGGGGCAGCUUUUUCGGCAAACAUCGCAGGUGGAUUCUCCACGGCUAUUGCUGUUCUCUGUCAUGAAUUACCUCAUGAACUCGGUGACUUUGCAGUGCUUCUGAAAGCGGGCAUGAGUACCAAACAGGCUGUUUUUUACAAUUUAUUGUCUUCAGUGCUUUGCCUGUUAGGUAUGAUAGGUGGAAUAUUGUUAGGAAGUACUCCAGACGCUACCAACUGGAUAUUUGCGGUUGCUGCUGGAAUAUUUAUAUAUAUAGCAUUAGUAGAUAUGGUACCAGAAUUGUCGUCGAGUCAUUCCGCGGAAAGUGGUUCGCGAUUACAAUGCAUUUGGCAAACUUUAGGCUUAUCGACAGGCCUUGGAAUUAUGUUACUUAUCGCCGCCUACGAGCACGAUCUUAAACAUAUUUUCGACAACUAGAUUAAUAAGUAAUUGCUCUCGUAUUAAUGUUAUAAAUGAAAUCUCUUCCUGUUACGUUCAAACUAUCAUAUUUUUUUGUAAUUUAAUCUCAUUAGCAAUCCUUCAGCGUUUAAUGUUACAAUGAAAGUAAGUUGUUCUCUUUUUCUUUCUCCCUUCCUUUUUGAAAUUAUUUCGAAAAACAGAACGUAAUGGGAAGGCUACACAAAUUAGUCGCAGUUUAGAUAAAGCGACAAUAUCCGAACUUGGAUUGCCGAUAAAAAUACUUUAGAAAAAUGAAAGUGUUGAAUUCUGAAGGAAUAGGAUUUCUAUAGACAGAGUACCAGUAAUCGAAUUGUCAAGCAGUCGAAUUACAAACUGUGUUAAUUAUUUCCGAACCAACUAAAGAUAUUUCUAUGCCUUUUCCGAGAUCAGCUUGGAGAUACUCUUAUCGGGUGAGCAAAAUUAAUUUUUCCAUCAUAAUAAGAUAAAUUUUUAAUUGUCUAGUAAAUAGUUAUCAAGAGACUGAACGAUUUUGAAACAAGUAAUAAAUUUUUUUCUUUUACGGAGUUAACCACACGUCAACAACAUUAGUUAUUGUCAGUAAUUAAUUCAUUACUGUUAAAUGUAUGAUAUUGAGGGAGAGUCAUGUAUAGUAUUGUUUUACGAAAAAAAA